GAUGUUUUUCUUCACGUAUUCCCCUAGCAGCAAAACUUUUCAACAUCGUCGUCCGCGGAAACUAAGUUUUUUCCUGUUCCCCAUGCCUGUUGCAUCUUUAACGAGAGCGUGCAAUUGCAUCGCGAAGGAGGGAUCGAGGGGGAGCAUCAUUUUCGAGGGUGGUGCAUAAUAUUGCAGUUAAAGUUUUUUCGCAACAGAAAUAUAUAUUUUACUAGUAGUGAUUGAGUCAGUGGUCAAUGACACGGUUCGGUUGUUGAUCUGUGGACAGGUAAUAACGUUAGCAAAUUAUUCGUCGAUCCCGAAGUGCCGUUUCAAGAAAAUAAAAAUGCGGUCCACGAUCAGCCGACUCGUUAAAUUCAGUCUUCAUAUUUACGGCAUCUGGCCGUAUGUACCGUCCACUGUGCUGUUUAGAUUAUACUGGAUAAUGAUGUUAAGCACGGCUCAAGUCUUUCAAUACCGAUAUGUCAUAGUAAACAUUUAUAUGGACGAUUUCUCAGAAUUAAUGGAUGGAAUAAGUAGCGCGAUGGCUUCCUCCCUACUUUACAUCAAACUCGUUCUUCUUUGGUCCAAUCAACGAAUAUUUUUCGAUGUGUUACAAAUGAUGUCCGCGGACUGGCAGGAUCGGCAGGACACUGUCUAUAAUUUGCGCAUAAUGGCAAAAACGGCAAAUGCCGCACAACGUGCCUCGAGAUGGAUCAUUGGUCUACAGAUAUUCUCCGUAUUCAAUUACGCCGGCGGCGUCCUUGCCAAUAACAUGGAUAAAGAGGAACCAUACAAACGGGAACUUAUCCUAAAGAUGGAAUUACCAUUUAAUAUUAGUACGAAUUCUAUUUAUGCAGCGGUUCAAAGUGUUCAAUUUUAUCACUUGAUUUUAGUCGCCUACGGCAUCACAACGGUCAACUCGCUUCUCGUUACUCUGAUUCUUCACGUCAGUGGUCAAAUCGAUAUUCUUCGCGAACGAUUGAUGAAAGUGUUUUCCAAGAGUACGGUAGAUUCGGAGGAGAUUACGAUACAAUCGUUGCUCUCGAAGCAUCGACAAAUUAUCAUAUUUUCAGAAUGCAUCGAGAAUCUUUUCACAUAUAUCGCAUUUAUUAUACUCUUAUCGGACACAAUCAUCAUAUGCUGUCUCGGAUAUGUUAUCGUCACUUCGUUAGAUAUGCCCAACGUUGCAGCAAUCUUGGUGAAGUCCGUGGUGUUUUAUAUCACGAUAAACAUCGAAGCAUUUAUAUACUGCUUGUCUGGCGAAUAUCUGAGCGCCAAGAGCACAAUGAUCGCGAAUGCGGCGUAUGAUUCUCUCUGGUACAACUUUCCGUCCAAACAAAGUCGGAUUAUAUUAUUUGUCAUUUUAAGAUCACAGAAAAGAUUGACGAUCACGAGUGGAAAAAUCAUGGAUCUCUCUUUGGAGCGUUUUACUAGCGUUAUAAAAGCUUCAGCAUCAUAUCUAUCACUAUUAUUAGCGAUGUACUGAAGGUAAGUAAGAUGUUUUGCG